GUCUUCCUGACUUGGUAUGGAUUCUUCGAUCAGGAAUCUGGUAUAGAUAUAUAUUAUGUUACUCUUUCAAGAUAUUUCAGCAGACAGGAACUGUCUGGUGGUGUUAUCGUCCAGAACCAUGAUAACACAUCAGAGGAACAACAUGGAAACUUCACACUUACAGAAGCGUUAAAACCUAAUGAUCUUAUAAUUGUGUCUGUCUGGACUGCAAACAGUGUAGGUUUAAACAGCUCGGUUGCACGUGUAUCUCUAUUUUCAUUGUCCAGUGUGACAUCUUCCGAUAUUAUUGAAAAUCAGCGGGGAAUACUCAAACUAGAGAAACACUCUUGUGUCGUUCAUUUUUGCAACAAGGACUGCACAUGCGCAGUAGUUGGAAGGCCAUGUAUAGAAGCUGAAACAAAUAUGUCCUGCGUCGAGAUUAAUGCACUUAACACGACUGACAGCGAAGUGGAAAGGUUUGCAGUUUUUGGAGGCCUUCAAUUCAAGCCUUUGACUUUAACGGCCUCAUCUGCUUGUCUCGCCGGUCACUGGACUCAGGUCGAACAUUCAAGAAAGGUUACAGGCAUUUAUAGAUUUGAAUGGAGCAUAGGAAUUCAUAAUCAGCCGCAUGGAGAAGGGAUUUUCGAUUUACAAAAAGAGAUUCCUUGGGUUGAUAUAGGUUUGCGACAAGAAUUUGUUCACUGUCUGCCUAUUAAUAGAUCGCUUAUUCAUGGCGAGCUCUACGACAUUUACGUAAAAACAUGGUACGGACCAAGUCAAUUUGCAAUCUUUACGUCUAAAUCUAUUAAGGUUGAUCAAACGCCACCAACUGUGCGUAGAGGACGAUAUAUCAUCGAAGGAACUGCCGAUUGUGCAACAGAUCUUGACUUCAUAGACUGGACCGAUGAAAUUUCGGCUUGUUGGUCCGGGGUCUUUAGUGAGCAGCAGAGCGAUAUACAACAUUACUUGGUUGCUUUAGGAACUUCACCGAACGUCGAUGACGUAUUUGCAUCACAGCAUAUGGGCUUGAAAACAAAAAUUUCUAUCAGUAAUCUGACUUUGGAGCAUGCUGUUAGAUACUAUUUUACUGUCACUGCCGUGAAUACUGCAUGGCUUCACACUUCGGUAUCGUCGGACGGAUUCAUUGUCGAUACGACCCCACCGUCAAAGGGCGUUGUUUUUAAUACAAUUACGCAUAAGAACGUUGCAUACCAAUCAUCCGUUACAUCUCUAGGACUUUCGUGGCAUGGGUUUCAGGACCAUUGUUCAGGAAUAAAAAGUUAUUAUGUUGCUGUUGUGGAAAAGCAGGAGCCUCCUUAUUCUAGUACGAAUUUCACAGAAGUAUACAUCAAGACGAGUGUUACGUUCAAGGAUUUAUAUUUGAUUUCGGGAAGCGUUUACUACGGCGUUGUCAAGGCAAUUGAUGCCGCGGGACAUGAAAGUGAUCUUAUUGCAUCACCGGGGGUUAUUAUCGAUCCUACUCCUCCCAAAGGCUACAACUGUGACCAAUUUGAAGACACGGGUGUCAUUGAAUUCUUGGACGAUUCGAAGGAUAAUUGGACGAAGACAAUUGUUGCACAAUUAGAUAAAGAUGCCGUAUACAGAAUUGAAGGAUCUGUUGAAAAUGCUUUUGUAGAUUCAGUCAAUCUCCAAAUCAAUCGUUUUAUUACUAGAAUCCAAACUGUUCUGAAUCAUCAACAAGUUUCUGAAUUUUCAUACACGUUUGUUUUCAAUCAAAGAGUAGCCCAUAACAUUACUUUAAGUGUUGACAAUCAUAAUAAUAUCAACAACAUCUUAGGAACAAUUGUUUUACAAAAAUGUUCGUCAAUCAUUGAAAACAAAACAAACGCUCUUCAUGUUCGGCAAAUCAGACAUGAUUCUGUAGCUGUUACUGCUAUGAUUCAGGAUAAGGAAAGUGAUCUAAAAACGGUACAAAUUGGUGCUGGUACUACGCCUGGGGGCUUCCAAGUUCAGCCAUUAACUCCCAUUCAUGUUGAUAUAAUGAGUGGGAUUAUUAAAGGCCAUCUUGUUCAUGCGAUGAAGUUAUACACGACGAUUAUAGCUGAGAAUCAUGCAGGCCUGUCAUCUGUUUUCCAAUCAACAGAACCAAUUAUUAUUGAUCACACUCCUCCAAUUAUCACUCAUCUGGAGGCUUUAGCAACGGUAAUCUAUGUCAAUGAGUCGGAUGAAAUCGCUUCGAGAGUGCAAGUUAAUGCAACCUGGAAUGCACAAGACGAUGAGAGCAAUGUUAAACAUUGUACUUGUUCUAUUGGAAUGCUUUCAAGCAAAGCCAAUGUACAAGACCAGUGGUAUACAGAUACUCUGUCAUCAUGUGAGUCGAACCUCCUGCAGCUUAACCACGGUGAUAAGGUGUACGUCAAUAUCAACUGUGUCAAUAAUGUUGAACUAGCAACGACAACAACAGUAGCUUCUAAUACCGUAUCCAUGGACUUCAUUACCUCAAACCAAGCAACAGUUAACAUUCUACCAGUUAAUGAAGGUCUGAUCAGCUCAAUACCGCUUACUGUAGGCCCGACUAAAAUACAAUCAAACACAUCUAUGGUACAAAUCAGUUGGUCAGGAUUCGACGAUAUAUCUGGUAUUGACUUUUACGAAUAUUUCAUAUCGGACAAAAGAAAUGCUACUAUUGUAGACUGGACAAAUGUUCACUUGAAGACAGUGGCAACUGCUCGCGGACUUGCAUUACACAAUACAGAAACAUUAAACGUACGCGUCAGGACUACAAACACUGGACAACAUAGAGGUGAGGCCGUUAAUGCCUCCUUAUUUACCAUCAGCCAACCUCCAGCCUUGUCAGGAAGUCCAAUGCUUGCAUCGCGAAACGAGCAUGUUAUUCACAUCGACUGGGAACAGGCAUUCGAUACCCUUCCGGAAAUUCCAGUUGUCUAUAGCCUCGUUGUGGGAUCAAAAGAAGGAUUCACCGACAUUCUUGACAUCAGCUAUUACACCGGACAUACAUAUGAUAUUGUAGCUCCUUCGUCAACGCUGAUUUCUCCGAAGAUAUCAGAGCUGUUCUUUACCAUAACAUGUGCUUAUCCCACAGGGAUUUCGAGUGUUUACAUGACAAUAUUCAAAAUGUAAUUUUUGACUUGUUAGCCGCAACACGUAAUUGUUGCAAAGCUGUGUGUUUUACAUUUUAUUAUUUAGCUUUCAAUAUAUUCAUAUAUUUGCCUUACUGUUGUGUGCUUUUUAUAUCCUUAUCUUUGUUUUAUUUCAUUUUUAUUAAUUUCAUCGCAGGACUGUGAAAGAAUAAUUUACAAUUUUGAUUUAAUUUUAUAAUUUCUUUAUGAUAUUCCGUCCAAUAUAUUUGCUGUAUAAUUAUCUAGUAGUAAAUAUUUUCCUUGUGGCUUAUAUUUCCAUUCAUUGUCUAACUUUUUAUAUGUCCAUGUACUUAUAUUAUUCUUUCUAAUGUUUUAGUUAUGUGAGUAUCUCUAUACUGGUGUAUUGGUGUAGAUAUGCCUUGUGGCAUUUUCCCAUUCAUUGAUUUAUUUUGGAUUAGUUGUUUUCUGAUUUUACACUACGUUGAUACGAGUUUUAUUGAUACACUUCCUUUCAUUUUCUGAUAAAAAUAAUUGUGUGGGGUGUUUUUUUUGUUUCCUACAAUAAUCUUUAUAUCUUAUUGUAUGACGGCAAGUUUGUAAGUCCGAGAGAACAAAAUUAUACAAUAAAUGAUAUCCAUAAUAAACAUGACAGCCACAUCACAUAUCGAGAUAACCGUUUACUUACUAAGUAAUUACAUGACUACAUAGUAAAACACACAUUUCAAAAAGGUGUUACAUAUUUCCAAAAAUGAAAAUCUUUUUGAAACAGUUAAAGUGUAUCCCCAAGGCUAUUUUUGUUGAUAAAAGUGGCGUAGUGUUAUAAAAUGAUAUCUAUAGCAUGUAAAUCAAAUGGCAAUAACUCUGUCUUCACAUUAACACAAUGACUACUGACAAACAAAGAUGGCCCAGUUGUCCUGGGUACUUACAGGACUUAAUUUAUCGAUCUAUUUCGCAAUUUCCGUUAAAUGUAUCUACAUCUUAGUGUUUUGACUAUUUCAAUGUAAAUAAAAGACACCCAACUGGUUCUGGCCUAACUGAAUUGAGAAUCGACCAACAUAUAAAAUACUUAUGA